AUGUAUACGCUUCCUGCCAGGGGUGGUUCUUACGAGGAAAUAUGGCGUGUGAAUCCUAAAGGGGGCCGCAUCUCCAUUAAAGUGUCAACAAAGCCUGACCUAAAAGCGAACGAUGUCAUACAGUUCGAGUAUGAAAUGAAAGGCGACAAGGUCUAUUGGGAUGUCUCAUGUGCUGACCUCCACCUACCCUCUGAGUUUACUACGCGUGGGUUUUCUGUUCAGCCCUCAUCCAAAGACUGCCCCUCCAUCAGCUGUGCUGCUGGUGAUGAGAAGUGUUCUCAGGUUCAUCCGUGGCGUCUUCAGGAAUAUGAACAACUUCGGCAGGACAUGGAAAAGGCCUGGAGGACGUACCUCCCGACAGUUGAUCUGCAAGAAGCACUUCGGACUGUACGAGAGAGCCGCCAGGUAGCUCUGGUAAAUACAAGCCAGGAUAAUAAGCUGAGUACGGAGGUGGAACACCAUACUGAGCAACUCCCGACAAACUUCACCGAACACAGCAAUGCAGAAGACUAUGAAUUUGACGAAUCUCAAGACUUCGAUAACUCAAUCGACGGUAUGGGCUUCUUAACUGCUGAUCCACAUAAAGCUGGAUAUACAGGACCGCAGUCUGGCAUAGCUGCCUUAAAAUUCUUGCAGUCUCUUCCCCUGUACCUUCCACUGAACAGCGUGAACACGCCUUCAUCCUUGGAUGAGGAUGAUUUUCCUGCCGUGCGAUCUCAGUCAACGGCUACAGUUAGCCGUUAUAUUGAUGACUAUUUUGCUCUCUACCAUCCCGCAUAUCCUAUCUUACAUGAAGGGACCUUCCGUGCGCGAAUAUCAGGUGCCCUGGCUAAGCCGCGGGACGGCUCGUGGCCGCUAUUAUAUAACACAGUUCUCGCCAUCGGUGCGUUCGUGGGCGAUUCUAAUGCGACUAAAUGCGACAUCCCUUUUUACAAGGAAGCGCGUAGACACUUAACGAUGGAUGUCCUCGAGAAAGGGUCUUUGAGCUACGUGCAAGCUAUUGUUAUAAUGGCGAAUUACUUGCAAAAACGCAACAAGCCUAACGCGGGGUUUAUUCUUAUCGGCAUCGGCUUCAGCAUGGCUCUCGCUAUAGGCUUGCACCGCGAAUUCGGCAUGCCAAGCACGUCGCCUUUCACCAUGGAGAUCCGCCGCCGUGUUUGGUGGACGCUGUUUGUCUUCGUUUCUGGGGCUCAGUUGACUCUAGGGAGGCCUGCAGUGUCCUUAGUCGGAGUGAACAUUCGCCUCCCGUCAAACUUGGAUGACCAGGAUAUUGCGGUCGAUAUGGAGCAUUUGCCCGAGUGCAAGCCUGGGCCCACUAUCACAUCUGCUCUCAUUGCUCAAGUGAAGCUAGCUAAGAUCGCAAAUGCCGUUCAGGUGGAGCUUCUCACACACCACGUUCCGCGAUAUGAGAAAGCUGUAAAACUCGAAGAGAGUAUUGGGAACUGGUGGAAGGACCUGCCCCCAUAUUUCAACCAAGACGUCAAUCUGGAACCGCACUUGGAGUUGCCCAAGAGGGUCCUUUUAUGGAGGUCGUUUCACCUGCGUAUCGUGCUCAACCGACCCUUUUUAUUCGAAGCUAUAGCUACACGAUCAGCCAUCAGUACAUUGGAGGGCCCGAUCAAGUCGUGCCUCGCUGCAGCUGACGAGUGUGUCACGUCUAUAUGUGGAUUCCUCAAUCAUACGGAUAGUAGAAAAAGAGGUCUGGCGUGGUAUGCGACGUAUUGGUUAAUCACAGCGAGCUUUGUGCAGGCCACUUGCUAUAUCUACAGCCCCACUCAUACUAUGUCUCCGUCAUGGAAGGCACAUCUCCAACAGGCUGUAGAUUGCCUCGAGAGCCUUGGAUCAUCGCAUGACAUGGCCUUCCGCGCACGGAAUGUGUUACAGAAGCUCCUUGGCCCGAAUCCAACAACGGCCUUGUCACGCCCUUCUCGUGCCCUCUGGGCCCCGCCACCCGGUGCUCAAAACCAAGCCAUAUACAACCCGUUAUCGAUGGGGCUAGAGGAUAGCUUUACGUGGUAUCCGCAGGGCAUGUCUAAUGCGGAGCUUCUUGACGCGGCGGGAGGCUUCAUGAUUCAAAAUUUCUUCGAGGGCUCAGAAGGACAUUCAGGAACGAGUCCAUGGAUGCCAAUGUGA